AUGACCCAUUUCGCUACACAAGCCGACCAGGCAACCUUUAGGCGUGGCCAGGAGUCGCCGCCACCGAGCCCUAUUGGCGCGGGUGUGAGAACGCCUGCAAACGGACGCCCUAGAGCGCCCACUGCGUCGACCUCUACCACGGUGACGCCUCCUAAGGUUGGCAUGAAGGACUUUAGUCUGGACCUCGGCGGUGAUUUUAGCAAGAUGUUGCUAGGGAACGACAAACGAGCCAGUGUCGCCACGGCAAGAAACGACCAGUACUCGGGGCAGAUGCCCGCUCCUCGAUCCCUCACAGCGGCUCGACCGAUUCAACCGACACCAAUUCAGAUCGACACAACGACCAAAGUCGACCCCCCUGCGCACUCAUGGAGCAGCCAGCAUUCUGACGACCAAUUGAUUGCCCCGACUAGCCCUUCUCCGUCGCCCGCGAUUAAGAAUCACACUGCGCCUCCGGUCCCGCGCCACACAUCGCCCACUUUUGAACGCCAAAGGCCAGGAACUUCACCAGAAGUGGGAUCAAGGCGACCCAUGCUCGCGGCCCAAAGAGUCAACUCGGAGGACGAUGGCGAGGACGAGGAAGCCAAACUGCUGAAGGAUUCGUUGUCUACCGUGUCCAUGUUCAUGACCCGCCCAGGUAACUCGACCUCGCCGUCGAUUCCUGGAUACCGCCGGGGGGAACACAACCUGGAAGGAGAAGGUGACAGUCUUUUCGACUCGAAGCCCGCAUACUCGUCCAAGUACGGCAGCCGUUAUUCCGUUGUUGAAGAACAGGAUAGCCCUCCCGAGACCCACAAAGUUAUGACUCCCGCCGAGUUUGAGCGGUAUCGGAAGGACAAGGAACGCCAAGACAGGGAACGGGAGAUAAUGGGUGCACCUGGGGGCAAGGCCGGCGAGGACGACGAGGACGACUAUCAUGAAGACGAAGAGGACGAUGCGGAGAAGGCGAAACAGCAGGCAAAACAAAGACGGAAGCAGGAGGCUCACAUGUCGGUGUACCGACAACAGAUGAUGAAGGUGACUGGGGAAGCCGCCGGCAGCCUACCAUCUUCCCGACACAGUUUGCAGAUGUCCUUUAGCACCCCGAACCUGCCAAACGCGGGCCCGGCGGCUAUCGCAACCGAGAAUUCCGACGAAGACGAGGAAAUCCCCUUGGCAAUCCUUGCCGCACAUGGCUUCCCGGCCAAGAACCGCCCGCCUAAUCGCUUGAGUACCAUGGGGUCGAAUCCUAACUUGCGGGCUUCCCAGCAACCGAGCUACCAGCGGCCAAUGUCAGUGGUUGGUGAUGUGCAGGGGGCAGGAAACCCGCGUCUUCCUGCUUUUGCGAGGAACCUCCCUAAAGACCCCUUCGUCGGCGCUGGACUUGUCCGCAACUCUGUUCGAGAGAGCAUGGCCCUAGGCGGUGGUGCUCCCGCCGUAGGGCAGCCGAGCCCGCCAGUCCCUCCCGGCGGCCUCAUCGGUGUGAUUGCGAACGAGGAGCGGAACCGCGCGAUGAGGAGAGGUAGCCCGCUUAUGGAUGGCCCCAACCCCAUGCCCGGAGGAGCCGGUCUUGACCCUGUCGCCGGCAUUCCUUCCCACAUGAUGUACCCGGCCAACCCGAGCCCGCCGGUACUCACGCCAGGCGAUCAGGCACAAAUCCACAUGACUCAACAAAUGCAGCAGUUCAUGCAGAUGCAAAUGCAAUUCAUGCAGAUGGUGGCUGGCCAAAAUGGCAAUCCUGCCAUGGCCGGCGGGCCUCUAACAUCGCCGUCGGUGGGGAACCUCAGCACCAUGGGUGGCCUCAACCCCGGGUUCAUGGGCCCCGAUACGCGACACUCGUUCAUGGGUAACGACUCGAUGCUUGAGUCGCCGUUCGGUCGGGGUGAGGCGCAAAUGCGCACCAUGAGCAUGGUCCAGCCGAGUUCCGCGUCAUGGAUCCAACCGACGCAGCCUGCCGGGUUUGCGCCUUCGAUUCGCUUCCAAAGUGGAGGUUAUGCCCCGUCUAUCGCUCCCUCGGAACGCAGCAACAUUGGCCUUCCGGGUCGGUACCGUCCGGUCUCGCACGUGCCGGUAGCGCCCACAGCGAGCCAUCUGCGGAAAUCUUCAACCAUGUCCGGUGCUAUCAUGCAGCCCAGCAUCUCGGUAACGCGGUCUGGCAGUGCGUCGGACGACGAUGACGAAGAAGGGUGGGAGGCCAUGAAAGCUAAACGUGAAAAGAAGAAAUCACUGUGGAGGGCCAAGAAGUCUGUUGGGGACGAUAUUGGCGCAUUCAUUAACUAA